UCCACUUCCUGGUUUAUGUCUAUACCGAAUAUAAUAGAGUUAGCUUGCAGUAAGCGGCUGCUGGAGACGUCGAAACCAUAGAACCUUUUAUUUAUCUGGUCAUUUCAGCACAUGAUCUCGUCUGAUGAAGGAGGAGGGUGCUUUAGAGGACCUUCAGCCAUUGUCCUCUGGGCCCAGUGCCUUCAUUCCAGCUGAAGUGAUUGUGGAUGAGGCAGCGGGGCAGGUGGUGCUGACUGACACACUGUUGUCAGUCAGUCAUGCUGCUCAUGUUACUGCAGUAAUGGGGAUGCAUCCAACCUACCUGAAGUGCUUCUUGCAAACUCAGAAUGCUUUGCUGCAGCCAGAUGGGCCCUUGCCACUAUCAUGGAGACACUAUAUUAUCAUAAUGGCGUCUGCUCGACAUCAGUGUUCCUACUUGGUACAGCUGCAUUGCUCGGCUUUUCUACUGGCUGGCGGUGAGGAGUCCUGGCUCCGAGGUAUUCACCGUGCUCCCCUUAAAGUCCAACGCCUCCAGACACUCAACAAACUUCUAGCACAUCGGCCGUGGCUCAUCACACAGGCGCACAUACAGGAGCUCGUGUAUCCAGGAGCAGAGCCUCGCUGGUCGUUAGCGGAGCUGAUUCAGGCCGUGGUCCUCAUGUGCCACACCCACUCUCUGGCCUCCUUUAUCUGGGGCUGUGGCAUUCGCCCAGAGCCGGACUGCACAGCUGAACAGAUGUCUCCUGCAUCCUCCCUUACAGGAAAGAAGUCUACUCUCACUCCCCAGGAUGGCCAGGUCCAUCAACAAGAGUGGACUGAGGCUAUAAACGAAGUGCAGCUGUUGAUGGAGAAGAUGGUGAUGGUUCAGGAGCAAGAAGAGGAGUUCACUCAGGAGGAGAUGGUUACUCGCUUUGAGAGAGAGAGGACUGAAAGUUUACUGGAACCAGCUGAAGUAGACCGCUCCAUCCUCCCAGAUUCUGUCUCACGGUUUGUCCAGGAUCCAGAUUUCAUUUAUCAGGACUUCAGCCCAAAAGGAGAGCAGGCACCACCCACCAUGAGAGCACAGGACUACUCGUGGGAGGACCAUGGCUUCUCUCUCAUGAACAGGCUGUAUGGAGAGAUGGCUCAGUUGCUGGAGGAGAAGUUCCAGGUGGUGUGUGCACUGACCUAUCGCACUAUGGCCAUGCACGAAGAUGUAGACACCUCCACCCUCCGGAAAGCUCUCUGGAACUAUAUACACUGCAUUUAUGGCAUCCGAUAUGAUGAUUAUGAUUAUGGUGAGGUCAACCAGCUGUUGGAACGCAACAUGAAGGUGUAUGUCAAAACUGUUGCCUGUCAUCCAGAGAAGACGACAUUUAGAAUGUACUCCACUUUCUGGAGACGGUUCCGCCAUUCAGAAAAGGUUCAUGUGAACUUGCUGCUGAUGGAGGCGAGACUGCAGGCAGCUUUGCUUUAUGCACUCAGAGCAAUCACCCGCUACAUGACCUAGCACACAAGCAUUAGCAUAAACUCCCCUAUCAGCAAUAAUGCGAUGUGCAAUACUCAGUUUAAUCUCGCACACUUUCUCAGAAAACCCUGUGAUGUUAGAAAAUAUUAGGCACUACCACACUCAGAUUUGGUCUCUUUCACUUGCACAUAUUGCAAACUAGAUACUUUUUCUUCAUGUUUGUUCUGUGAUGGACAUUCUGCUGCUGCUUGAUCAGAUGUAAUUGGGAAGCAGUGCACCCCCCCCCCCCCCCCCCCCCCCCCCCCCCCCAAGUGACCUCUCUUAUCAAACUGUGAACGUGUGGAAUUUUUUUUUUUCUAGUGCAGUAUUCUCUCUACUGUUUGCAUGUGUCCCUCUUCAUGCUGCCUGUCUCUCUUUAAUGAUACUUGCUGGACUACAGCUAGCCUGACUGAGGGAAGGGAAAAAAAAGCACAUUUUGUUUGGUCUAGGUGGAAUGAUUGAAACUGAAUGUAUGUUUUGUUUAUGUUCAAUAAAAUAUAUAUAUAUUUUUUUUUUUUACAGUU